AUGAAAAUCAAAGUUGAAAAUUACAAAGAUGAAUCCCAGUUGCAAAGUAUAAUAAAUCUCAUAACACACGAUUUAAGCGAGCCUUACUCAAUAUAUGUAUUUAGAUAUUUUAUACAUCAAUGGUAUGAAAAUGAAACUUUAAUUUCUUUAAGCUUAAAUUAUAGGCCAGAAUUGUGUUUUUUAGCAAAAGAAAAUGAUAUAAUUGUUGGAACUAUUAUAUGCAAACUCGAAAAUCAUAAAAAAUAUCUUCGUGGUUACAUUGCUAUGCUGGCUGUAAAAAAAGAAUAUAGAAAAAGAGGAAUAGCUAGUAAAAUGGUAGAAAAAAUAUUAUCAAUUAUGAAAGAAAAAAAUACAGACGAAGUAAUUUUAGAAACAGAAGUCACUAAUAAAGAAGCAAUAAUAUUAUAUGAAAAUUUUGGAUUUAUAAGAGACAAAAGACUACAUAGAUACUAUUUAAAUACAUCAGAUGCAUACAGACUUAUUUUAAAAUUUAAAGAACCUACUUAUUCAUAUUAUCAAAAUAUGCAAACAAAAAAAUAA